CUUAGGGAGCAGAAAUGAGCUGGGAAAGCAGAAUGGAUAUAAAGUUAGCUAAGAGAGGGACUUGUUAGAGGCUUUGAAGGUGUUGAUGGCUGUUUGGUUUAGGUGGUUUCAGUAAUGCUGUUAGGGAGCUCUGCAAGACCAGAGAGGAAGUUUAUAUCCAGGGUUUGUGCCAAAGUGCUAAUUGUGCCAGAGGGAGCAUUCUUAAACGCUCUGUGUUUGUGCUCCUUUCUUUCUCAAAAGGAGGAGUGAUGUGGGAGGUGAUUUUAAACAAAGAAAGGGAACUGGCUUAAAGGGCUGAACAUACCCUGUGUUCUCCCUGGUAAAAUAGCUUGUGAAAAUACAACACCUUGAGAUCUUUGAGGUGAAAGCUGUGUGCAAAAGCUACUCAUCCAGCAGAGAAUGUGGUCUGGCUUAUGACCUUUGGUGCAAGGCAUGAAGAGUCAUAUCCCUAGAGAGACCUACAGCCAACAAGACUUCUGGUGCUCCUUCCUACAGCAGAUGGUCCAGUUCACAGCCCCAUCAGGAGAGCUGUUUUCGUGCAUCUCAAGACUGCACAAACCGCCGUGUGUGAUUGUCACGUAGCAGAGUAAAUUGCACAAAGACAAGGGAGCCCGGUUUACGGUAAUGAUACUUCACAUUUUCAGUCCAGCUCCACAGUGAGAACGUACCAAAACAGUAAAUCAAGAGUGACCAUGAGCCCUGGCUUUAGCUCCCAGUGGAAUAGCAGCCAACCUGCUUGGAAUACAUACACCUUUCCAAGAGCAAGCUUGCACUACCAGUCUCAUGCUAGCUACACCUACUGUGCUGGACAUCCUGCUCAGUCCUAUGCACCAGCUCCCCACCCCAUGGCUCCUCCCAGCCCCAGCACAAACAGCAGCAACAACAGCAGCAACAACAGCAGCGGAGAGCAGUUGAGUAAAACCAACCUGUACAUCCGAGGCCUUCCACCCGGCACCACCGACCAGGACCUUAUCAAGCUGUGCCAGCCGUAUGGGAAAAUUGUAUCCACAAAGGCGAUUCUUGACAAAAACACAAAUCAGUGCAAAGGUUAUGGUUUUGUAGAUUUUGACAGUCCUGCAGCAGCACAGAAAGCAGUAGCAUCUCUCAAAGCAAAUGGCGUGCAGGCGCAGAUGGCAAAGCAACAAGAGCAAGAUCCCACAAAUCUAUACAUCUCAAAUUUACCCGUGUCCAUGGAUGAGCAGGAACUGGAGAAUAUGCUGAAACCCUUUGGACAUGUCAUUUCCACCAGAAUAUUAAGAGAUGCGAAUGGAGUCAGCAGAGGAGUCGGCUUUGCCAGAAUGGAGUCUACAGAAAAAUGUGAAGUAGUAAUUCAGCAUUUUAAUGGCAAAUAUCUGAAAACCCCACCUGGUCUACCAGCCCCCACUGAGCCUUUGCUGUGCAAAUUUGCUGAUGGAGGGCAAAAGAAGCGCCAGAAUCAAAGCAAAUACACACAGAAUGGAAGGCCGUGGCCCAGAGAAGGAGAGGCUGGCAUGGCUUUGACUUACGAUCCAACAGCUGCUAUACAGAAUGGAUUUUAUUCUUCACCGUACAGUAUUCCAACAAACCGCAUGAUUCCACAGACAUCAAUCACGCCAUUCAUUGCUGCUUCCCCUGUCUCUACAUAUCAGGUCCAGAGUACUUCAUGGAUGCCUCAUCCGCCAUAUGUUAUGCAACCAACAGGUGCUGUGAUAACACCAACAAUGGACCACACUAUGUCAAUGCAGCCAGCAAGCAUGAUGGGCCCUCUGACACAACAGAUGAACCACCUUUCCUUGGGCACAACAGGAACGUACAUGACUGCUGCUGCACCUAUGCAAGGGACCUACAUUCCCCAGUACACUCCUGUGCCUCCAACAGCUGUCCCUAUUGAAGGUGUUGUUGCUGAUACUUCUCCACAGACAGUAGCAUCUUCAUCACAGGAAGCCAGUGGUCAACAGCAACAGAUGACAGUGGAAACAUCCAGUGAACAUGCGCCUGCAUAUUCUUACCAACAGUCUAAACAAUAAACAGGACUGAAGAAUGUCGGUCUGAAAUCUUUGCCUUGAACGGAGAAACUUCACUGAACAAGAAGUUGGCUUCCAGUUUGCACAGGCGUCAAAUGAAUGCUUUUUUUUUUCUACCUUUCCCAACGAAAACAAAACAGUGUUUUUAUGUGCUGUGCAAAUGGUUCCGUCAUGUAGUCUGACAAUUUUAUUUUUGCUAUUUUCUUUUUUUCAACUAGAGGAAAAACCCAGAGGAAAAAUGCUGGGUUGACAUUUCAUCUGGAUGAACAUUUGAAUUCAGAAUUUACCUGGAGGUGUAGCUAGAUUUUUUUUUUUUUUAACAGAAAAACUGAUGUCAAGAGGGAGCAAGUUGCGAUGAAAACCAAUUGUCUUCCUCAAAAAUUAAGCUACUCUUUUUCUCUCAUUUUCUUUUUCUUCUUGUUUUAAAUCUAGAGUAUUUUUUUGGUUUUUUUUGUUUUUUGGUUUUUUUUAAAGAAAUGUUUAGGUAAGGUUUAUCUUGAAUCUUAAUUGCCUUAAUUUUAAGGACGUCAAAGGCUCUCAAGGCAAGCUGUCAACGUCUUGUUAGAAAACCCGAGAAUGAAUUGAAACUGCUCACACCGGUGCUGGUGCAGAAGUUUAAUAGACUGAGUUUUUGGGGUGAACAAAAAAUAAACUGUACAGUUUAAAAGAAAAUGAUUUUCUUCUUUUGAAGAAAAGUUGAUGAUAAAGGAACUGUGGCAACUGAAAGGAUUGGAAAAAUGCUGGGACUUUUAUGAACUUUGUCUUAAGUGUUGACAGAAAAAAAAAUCUAGAAGGCUAAAGCAUUUUACAGUAAAGUUAUUGAAUUGAGAAAAAAACUUGCUGCAUUAUAGAAAAUGCAGGGUUUUUUUCUUGCAGAAUGCAGAUUUUUUUUAUUUACAAAGCGUGAUCGCUAGCAAAAGCAUUAGUGCUUUUUAUCUGCAGUCUUUUUUAUGAGCUUUAAGAAGUUUUUAGUCUGCUUUGCUUGUCACAUUGCAAAAACCUAGCUUAAGAGCAUUAAAAAGAAACUUAAGUAGAUAGGAGCUUAUGGUCAAAAAAGUGCAAAAAAAGCAAUAGAUAGAAGAAAUUGUUGACAAUUUCUGUAGUCUUUCCUAGUUGUGAACAAAUGCAGCCUAUGGAUGGCCUAUUUUAUACCAAAGAUGAAGUGACACCCUAACGCAGUCCAGAAGAUAGAGGGUUUUUUUUCUUUUUUUUUUUAAUCUUUAUUUGACCUACAUGGCCGGACCAGUUCUUACUUUCUUGUUUGUUUAAACUAUCUUCCACUGGUGUUUUACAUACUGCAUAUGUUUAUAGUGGAAAUUUCAGAAUAGUUGGCGUCAGAAGCUGUCCGGGUUUUUGAUGGUGUGCUUUGGAGAGCACUCCAAAGCAAGGGGGAUUGGGUUACCAACUAAUCUGUCCAGGCAGGCUUUAAUUUUGGUGAGUUUUUCUCUUUAAUUACCUGAUCUUUGGUAUUUCUACUGAAACAACAGUCUUCCUUCUGAAUUCCUACGUACCAAUUCAUUUCUUCACCUCAGUCUUUGUCAUCGUCCAGCAUGCAUAGCCACCUUAAUUCUGCAUUUAUUUCUCAGUGUUGCAUUUGAGUUGCCAGGUAGAUAUAAGAGAAAGCAAACUUGAUCCUCAUUCUCAUUUUAGCUUUUCCAUACAAGCAGAAAUUUUGAAAGUCAUGUCGUAUUGUCAUGCAGGCAGGAAGUUAAAAAUUAUUCUUCUCUGCUAUGAUUUCUGUUGUCUUAAUAUGUUGGCUGACAAUCACUGAUUAGUAUAAUUAGGGAAAAAAAAAAAAAAAAGAAAAGAAGAAAAGGCACUAAAUUUAACCCACCAAAACCUGUUUUAGGAAUGACAGUUAUUUUCCCUACAGAAAUCUUGAUUAUGGCCCUUACUUAUUACAAACAGACAAAUGAAAAAGGUGAGAAGGAAGUCAAAAGAUGAUUUUUUUCCUUAAGGAGGCAGAAGUGAAGCAGCAUUUCCGUAUAUACAUACAUACACACAUAUCUAUGUGUAAAAAUUAAACCAAACUUUUUUAAACUUUCCUCCAUCCAGAAGAGAGGGGAAGGCUCAUCACAUUUAUUGUGGUGGAUUAGAGACAGGGUAUCCAUUAAAAAUAAGGAAAAUAAAAGCAUAUAUAUUGGAUCCAUCUGAUUCAUCUGCCCUAUCUUAAAAAGAGGUCUGUGUUUCCCUAACCUGACUUUUUUGGGGAAAAGGACACAAUUAUUUUUUUAAAUUGAUAAAACAAGAUCAUAUUUUUUAACAUAGUGGGAGGGGGGAGGGGGUUUCCCAAGUAAAUGCUGCUAGGUAUGCAACAUAGAAAAGAGAGAAAUGGGAGUUCACAUGGUUCUUCAACAUAGGAAGAGGGCCUGAUUUUCAGAAGUGAUAAAACUUCUGCUUUCUCCAGAGUAGUUGUUGAUAUUCAACACUUCUGAAAACCAGAUGAUGCCAAAGUAAAAGAACAACAUCAUCCUCUACAUGUUUUCAAUUCAGAAAAGAAACCCAAACCUCUCUUUCUAUUUCAUGUGCUGUCUCAUUACUUGUUGCAUUUUGAGAGGGACACUUGAAUUUUGUCCUUGGAUAAAGAUUCCCUCUUUCUUUAGAGGGCAUAUGAGGGAAAAAAAUCUAUCUAGCCUUAUUUUCUUCCUUUCUACACAUACUCUCCUUCUGUGUCUCUCUGAAUUAUUUGGAGAUAUGGAGAUAAACCCAGGCACAAGUCAGUUAAAUAUGAAAUAAAGACAUUUGUUUCUGUGUUAGUUCUAAUGUGACACACAAAAAGUCUCAUUUACUAUCAACAAUGAGGCUACAAGGUAGCUACCAUGUGGCUGAUGAAUAUGCUGAGGUACCUUCUUGUUUCUAUUCAGAACUCUGCUGCUUUAUUUAUACAUUCAGAAACAUUUCUCUUAUUUUUUUUCAGCAAGGUUAAACAAUCUCAGUGUUUUUUAUUAAGCCAGGCAGGCAACAUGAUAUCACAGUGCCUGUCACUUUAAAGUGUUUCAAGUGCAUUCUGUAUUAGAAUUGUUCUCUUUCUUUUCCAUGCUAUAAUGUUCAAUAAUGUUUGAAAUCAAAAUAAACAAAGCAAAGAAGUAGAGGAAGAAGAAGAGGAAAGAAAAUGGACCCCCUAAAUACAAUUCAUCAUCUUACUGAUCCCAAAAAACCAGUGAACUGGUACUUGAAAUCUGUGAAUUGUAAACACUGUGAGCCUUGAGUAUAAACAGUCAUAGAUCAUAAGGUAAGAAAAAAGCUUAUUUGGAGCUUACAAAAUGCUCAGAAAAUGGUAACUCAUUUCUAAAAGUUAAAAAUGAGAUAAAAGUGAACAGCAAAAUAGCAACACGCUACAUGGGUGUUGUCACUUGGUGGCCUCUGAAAUCUUUAACUGGUUUUCUUUAUGUUUGUUUUGGCUAAUAUGUUGUUUUUUGUUUUUGUUUUUGUUUUUGUUUUUAAGGUCUAUUAUUAUGCUCUGUCUAGUUUCUGGUUUCCGUUUUUUGGGGGAUUUUUUUUUUUUUUUUUUUUUUAAGACCUGAAUUUUUAAAGUUGAUAUCUUUGUCUGUCUUGCCAAUUUAGCUUUAAAUAUCAAGAGAGUUCCUGAAAGAUUGCAGAAACAACUCUAGAUGUCUAAGGCAAUUGUGCCUGGCCCAGAGGUCUAGAAGUAACAUCAAAUCCAUAAACUGAACUGCGUAUGUACUUUCCAUCACACCUGAAUUUUGUAAAUAUUCAAAUAUGGAUGUUCAGGUUUGGUUUUGGUUUUUUUGGUGUUUUGUUUUGUUUUGUUUUGUUUUUUACUUAAAAGAUAAAUACAAGAGGGGUGUCAGAAAACUAUGAAUUAUGGCUAGAAAAAUUCUGAAUACUUGGCCUUGUCACUUAACAUUGAGGGGAAAAAAAAAAAAAAAAAAAAGAUAUAGUGGAACUGAAGAGAGUAUUAUAUUUGCAGGUGCUGACCCAAGUGUAGAUCAGGGCACUGAAAAAAUCUCACUGUUCCCACUGAGAUUGCAGAGGGACUCUUCUUCCUAUCUGGCUCUACUGCUGGUUUUGUAAGCACUUUUCACCUGUGACAGUCAGGCCUCAAAUUGUGAAUGUCCUCCUAUUGCCUUCCAGUGAAAAAGACUCUUAAAACGUCCUUAGCCUGUGCUUACUUGUAUAGUUCUGUUUACCAAGAGACUGCCUUGGUUGUGUUGGUCAAGAAAUUCACCACAAUGCAGAAUGAGGCAUAUCUGAGAGCAGUUGCAUCACAUUGUAUCAUCUUCUGCUAUGGAUGCAUGCCCAAACGUGGAAGAUAAAGGCUGGUCAUUAGAGAAGUGAGGGCUUAAACUUUCAAUGGGCAAUUGGGCUGUAGCAUUCAAAUGGAUUUUUACUCAAGUAAAAAUCAAACUAAGGGUAUUAUUUAUGUAUGUACGUGUACCAAAACUCAGCAAAUUUGGGGAAGCCUGCAUUGUAAUAAAGUUUAUUUUUAAUAUGUCAUAGUAUUUGGAUCUAUAUUAUGUUGUUUAUGGUACUAAAGAUUGAGACUGAUCCUAAGUGUUAAAAAAAUUGCCAUGCUUCAUGGUUUUAAGCUUGAUGGUGCUCCUCAUGCCACCUCAUUUUAAUGCUGAGGUUGACAUGAGCAAAACAGGUUUAAGCAGACUCACUUAACUCCACCUAUAGCAAGAGUCAUGCUAAAGAGUGAUAAUGUGCUUAAAGUAAUGAAUCGAUCCAUUUUUAGUGAUGAGACCAAAUGUGGUGGUUGAAGAUAGUAAUGUUUGAUACACGCAUGGUCAACAUUUCCUUUCAAAACUUUAUUUAACAUGAAAUUGGUCUGGAUAUAAAAGAAGUGCCCUAGGGUAAGGGAUUUUCCUGGUCUUGCUCUGUAGCCCACGAGAACCGAGAAAACAGCCACGGUGUGAUGGAAAUGAAAAAAAGAAAACAACAAAACUGCUGACAUUUGGUGCAUUAUUCUCUUCUGUUUAAUGACAAUUGACUCUAGUAAUGAGGAUUCCUUUCAUUUCUAAUACGCAUACACACAGUCAUGCACGCACACUUUCUCAGAAGGAGGGCUGAGUGAGCAGCAGACUUCUCCUCCCCUUCAGUGAAACAGAUUCCUAGAAUCUCAGCAAACAGCAAAGAUGCAGUGUAAGGAGAGUUAUUUUCCUCUCAAAAAGAGCACCAACUUUUUCUAUAAUGCUCCUGUCACCCAAAUAGGCUAGAGCUCUGUGUGUACCCCAGAGAUUUAUUCACCUUUGUGCCUCAAAGCAGGCAGAAGAGACCCUUUCUUCUCCCCUUUAUUAACAUGCUCUUUGUUAAAAUUGAACAGAAAAUUAUGAGAGUAAAGCUGUAAAAGAAAUUAAUCCCAGCGCUGGCUCAGAUUUCCAUGAUAAGAAAAAAAUUCUUGUGUUUAUUGAAGUGGUUCAGUUCAACUGUUAAUUCCCCAACAGGGACAGCUGAGUUCUUUCACCUUAAUAAAUACGUGUAAUGAAGUGGAAAAUGUCAGUCCUUGACAGGUUCACAAAUCCAUUUUUCCUUGUAGGUCCAAAGCCUGCAAGGUUUAAGCACCUUCCAAGAUCUGGAUCUGUUGUCCUUAAAAGAGUAUCUCCCCAAUGUUUAUUUUCUGCCUUUAAGUGUCUUUCUCUUGGAUAAUAAUUUUAUGAAUUUGGUGAAAUUUCAAGUCAGUUAUAUUUUUUAAAGCCCAAAAAUACAGCCUAAAGAAGAGAACAUGAUGUUUAUGUAAUUGAAGUAUUAAAUAUGAUGUAUUCCAGAGUAGAAGAAAAUUCUACUAUCUUUUUGAGGCAAAACAAUUUUAUGUAAAACCAGGAAGUGUACAGAAUUCAUUUAGGAAUUUUAUUUGUUUUCCUUUUUAAAGGAGAAUGAAUAGAUUCUAUCUGUAAGAAAAAUCAAAGCAGCUUUGAAAGCAGAUGAACUUCCUAUCAAGAAAAUAUGGAUCAGAAAAAUGGUUCAGAGGUUCUUUAUAGCCCUUACAGACUUCACUGCAGCCAAAAUGUAGAAUACAGAACCUCUGUGAUACAUUAAAUUAUGAUUCCUAUUUAUAUGGGCAUCUGUGUGCUGAUGUCUCAGAAUGUCUCUGAAAGAUCUGUACUGCUAUGAUUUUUUUUUAUGUUUUCCAUUUGUAACACAGUCCUAAAUAGCUGCCAUUUUCCCACUCCUGGGGCUUUCUGUAGAUCAGUGGAUGUUAGGUUUAAACUUCUGUUUUCUUUGAUGAAGCUUUCAAUAAAAAAAUAAAAAAAGAAAA